UCUAAUGUUAAAAAAUAUAUUUUUAGGCAUGAAAUUUUUAAUUUUUUUUUCUUCUCACGGUAUUUCUCUCAUCCAGGAAUUUAUAUUAAAAUCAAUAUUUUAUAUUCUAAAAAGAGGAAUGGAACGAAAAAUUUAUUAUAUUUUUAGCCUAUUCCUUUUCAUUAUUAAAUUAUCUCAGGGAGGCAAAUACGAGAAAAGAUUGUUAAAAGAUCUCUUCCAAGAUUACGAACCGCUCGAAAGACCUGUGGAGAGAGAAAACGAUACACUUUAUGUCAUAUUGGGAAUAACCUUGCAACAAAUUAUAGAUGUGGAUGAAAAGAAUCAAAUACUCAUAUCUAAUGUAUGGCUAGACCUGGAAUGGAAUGACGUGAAUCUCAAAUGGAAUGAAUCGGAAUACGGAAACAUAAAAGAUAUAAGGGUAGCUGCUAGCAAAGUGUGGAGACCGGAUAUUUUGAUGUACAACAGUGCCGAUGAAAGAUUCGACGGAACGUUCCAAACAAAUGCCGUGCUUAAAAGUGACGGGACUAUAAACUAUAUUCCGCCUGGAAUAUUUAAAAGCACCUGUAAAAUAGACAUCAAAUGGUUUCCAUUUGAUUACCAAAAGUGUCCAUUAAAGUUUGGUUCCUGGACAUACAAUGGCUUCAAAAUAGAUCUGAAGUUAAAAAAUAGUUCGGCGGAUGUAUCAACCUAUAUGCAAAACGGAGAAUGGGACAUGUUAGGGAUACCUGCUACCAAAAAUAUUAAAACUUACGAUUGCUGUCCAGAACCCUACGUUGAUAUAACUUAUGAAGUAGUUAUUAGGAGGAGAACUCUUUACUAUGGUUUCAAUAUAAUUAUCCCUUGUGUGCUCAUAUCUUCGAUGACUCUUUUAGGAUUUGCCUUACCACCUGAUUCCGGAGAGAAACUGACUUUGGGAGUGACAAUAUUACUCUCGCUGACUGUAUUUUUAUUGUUGGUAGCUGAAACAAUGCCUGCCACUUCUGACUCCGUCCCGCUGAUAGGUAUUUAUUUUUCUUGUAUAAUGGUAAUGUGUUCGGCUUCGGUCUUAAUGACUGUGGUAGUAUUGAAUUUUCAUAAUAGAAGUGCGGAGACCUUCCACAUGCCGUAUAUGGUACGCAAAUUUUUCAUAGAUUGGAUGGCCAAAAUCUUGAAAAUGGAGAGACCAGUAGAUAAAGAGAGGACAACAAAGCGAAAGAUGUCUCAAUUACAUAAAAAAUUACGUGAAAUAGCUCUAAGAGAAAAGCAAUCCAGAAAUAUGCUUAACAACAUCCUAAAUUUCGAGAGGAUUGAUAAUUUUAGCGAGGCAAAGAGCGCAGAUGACCUAAUGAGUAAUUUUGUUCACACUCCGGGUUGUAUGUACUCACCCCAUGAUUAUCUAGGCCACAAUGCCAGAGUACUUAAAAAUCCUCAUAUAAUUAUGAAUCAUGGCAAAUCCAAUGAACACGACAUUUAUUCCAUGAGUGAUAUGUUUGAUGAUGAAGGGAACUAUAGGGUAAAUUCUAAAUUUCGCGAAUUAGGGGCAUAUGGUAUGAGUUUCGAAGACUUAGAAGAUGAAUUUGAUGAAAGUUUUAGCAAACAUACGCCGUACUUGAUAGAAAAAACAAGUCAGAUAUUUUUAAACCUUUUAAAAUUUAAAUUUCGUAAUUCCUUUAAACCUCAGCCCGAUCACUUGAAUGAUUCCUCCCAUAAAUAUUGUUGUCUCAUUAGACAAAUUUGUAGAAAAAAUUCUAGUUUAAGACUAAAUCCAAGCGCCCCUCCAGAAGAUAAUAUUAACGAUGAUAAUAUAUUCGAAGAUGAUGGGUUGAGAGAUACUUGUCACAGGCAGGAUAAACUAGACAAAAUGCUGUAUUCGUUUUUAAGUCCCAAGUGCGAUUUUUUGUAUCAACAUGAUACUUCCAUAAAUAAUUUUGAGAAUACCAACGACAUUUACAUUGAUAAGUCACGUAAAAAAGUUUAUAAUACAAAAGUACAUAACCAAUUUUCUAUGGCUAACGGAAGUAAAGAAUUUGCGACUGAUGACUUGAUAUCUCGCAAUGUAACAAGAGAAACAAUUUUCUCUAAUAAGUCAGGUUCUAGUACUAAUAGCAAGCUAUCAGAAUCAUCCCCCUCUACGCAUGUUGGGAUUAAUAAAGGCGAAGUUAUUAAUAAGAAUGUGGAUUGUAAAGGCAGCGUAUGUCAAUGUGAAUCAAUCAAGAGAAUCUUAAAGGAAUUGCAAAUGAUAACCCGAAAGAUGAAGAAAGAUGAUAAAGAUCAUGAAAUUUCUAUGGAUUGGAAAUUUGUUUCGAUGAUCGUAGACAGGCUAUGUUUGUACGCUUUCACUAUAUUCGCUGUUAUAGCCACUUUUACUAUAAUUUUCAAAGGUAUCCAUUUUUCGAACUCCUUAGUAGGACAGAAGAUCGAUAAUAUCUUUAACCUGACAAAUUUAGAAUAAAUAUACCAUAUAAAGACAAAUUAUACAUAUUUCAGUAUU